ACCCCUGCUGCUUAGCACAGCUGUACUGUUUAUAUGUAUAAGGAGAAGGAAGCUCUGUAACAAAUCUGCUGCUUAGCCACACUGAAAGAUUUCUAUUUUUUUUUUACAUAAAGUUUCCUUGGCAUUCAAUUCCAUGUCAACAAAUGGCCACUGCUGCACGUCCUGCUGCUCCUACUACUACUGCGGCUGCUGUCGCUGCUGCUGAAAAGCGAGGGGCUCUACGUUUGCUGGGCAAGACUCUGACCAGGUUGGAGCAAAGAUUGCAUGCAUUAAAUGUUCAGUUUAAGCAGCUGGAUCGCACUGCAGAAAACUUGUUACAGAGGUUUGAAGCCCAUAGCGAGUCACUUGCGAAGCAGGCUGGACAAGAUGAAAUGUGGUCAUCAUUGCUAGAGGACAGAUUCACUAUCACAGAGGUUAAUUUGUUCUACAGUUAUGUUGUAGAUUGCCUCUGCUAUUUGCACAAGCGCAUACUGGAAAAAGUUCCAGAUCUCGUAAAUGGUCUCCCAACCCUUGCAUCAGUGCUAAAGAGAAAGGCCAAGAACCCUAGAAUUGGAGCGGCAUGGGAUGCCUCCCUUCAAGCGACAGGCCUCCAGUCCUGCAACGUACAGACACUGUGCACAUUCUUUGUAACACACAGUUACGAGGCAGAAUACUAUACAGUCAGCCAGAGGAAGAUGUACGCUACUGACCUGCAAACUAUGAUAAAGAGAGUAGUGAAAAACCAGAUUUUACAGGACAGCCUCUUAUGUGCUGUACGGCUAGUGGAGACAGGUGAUGCAAGAGAGAAACUGAAGGAAGAAGCUGGAACAAAAAAAAUUGUACCACCACCCAGAAGAAAAAAACUCUUGAGGAAGGGUUUAAAAUUUAAAUAAAUUUACCAAUAACUCUGAGCUUUAUUUACAUUCUGUUGUUUGGUCUUUUUUACCAGUGUUUGAGUGACAGAAUUAAAUAUAUGCACAAGCAAAUUGUCAAUUAUUCAGUGUAAGGGGACAAAGAGAGACUGUAAAGUGACUAUAAGAAUAGUUCCAUGAACUAUACAUUCUGUCAAGUACUGUUUGCUUUGCUCCAACAAUCCCUGUAUUACUUGUACCAUGAUGAUAAAUUGCCACACAGCUCUACUGACAGAAGCCGAAUUCAAUAUUAUAUGCAUUGAUAAUUACAUAAGACAAGAAUCCUAAGUAUCUGAAAAUUUGUAGCCCAGAAAGGACAUAGGGAAAAGUAAUAUAACUAAGAGCUUAGGAAUCGCAUCAAUGUAAGUAUUCUACAGGGUGAUUACAUCAUCAAAGUAACAUUUACUGCCGAAAUCUGAAGUACAUGAAGUGAGGUUGAAAGGCAGUAGAUUUGACAUUGAACAAUAUGAACUAUUUAUUCCCCGAGAGGAUAGUAAGACUACAGUAUCAACUCCCUGUCAGAAUGA